AUGAAGCUCACCCUCGCCUUCAUUCUGUUAGCAAUGCUCAUCGGAGUAUUAGCGCGGCCACAGUACAAAGGUAAAAGAUACGACUCCUCCAACUCCGACUAAUCCUUUCCUUUCAGAAAUAGACUACAAGAUGUACAACGAUGAUGAAGGAGUCGCCGUGGAUGCGGUCUACGAAGUGGUCGGGAAGCCGCCAGAUGCGAAGCACCACCACCACCACCAUAAUCACAAGAAGCUGGCCAAGUCGAACCACCUGGACCGACUGAAGAGAUACCUCCGAGGCUUCGACUAA